AUUGAGCCUUUAUCAGAAGCUGGCUAUGAUAACUAACCAGUGCUCUGUUCUGGGCCAGUAAUCAGCUCCUGCAUUCCAGUAGUGCCUUUACUGUGAAAUGUGACCUGCACAGUGGGAGGGACAGUGCAAGCCCAGGUUAAUUCUUCUUUGCUGCAGGCGUCCUGUACAAGAGUGUGAGACGUUGCCUGCACCGGUCACUGUCAUUUGAUUUUCAGUUUGUUGUGUUUGUUUAGUAGCAUUAGUUGACAGCCAUGUCAAAAACCUCGGAGCAGCAGUCAGUCCUGUUUCUGGAGAAUUACAUCGGCGGAAAGUUCGUCCCCUGUCAGAGUCACAUCGACUCCUAUGAUCCGUCCACAGGAGAGGUCUACUGCAAAGUACCUGACAGCGGCACUGAGGAGGUGGAGGCAGCGGUGGCAGCAGCAAAAGAAGCCUUCCCCAACUGGUCUGCCCGCAGCCCAGAGCAGAGAGCGCAGGUCCUCAACAAGCUGGCUGACUUGAUUGAAGCCCACCUGGAGGAGUUUGCCCAAGCUGAGUCUAAAGACCAAGGUAAAACACUAACAUUUGCACGAACUGUGGACAUUCCCCGCUCAGCAUACAACUUCCGCUUCUUUGCAUCAUCAAUACUCCACUACACCACCGAAUGCAGCCAGAUGGACCACAUGGGCUGCCUCAACUACACCAUCCGCUGUCCUGUGGGAGUGGCUGGUCUGAUCAGCCCCUGGAAUCUCCCCCUGUACCUGUUAACCUGGAAGAUCGCACCUGCAAUUGCUACUGGCAACACAGUGGUGGCCAAACCCAGUGAGAUGACCUCUGUGACAGCCUGGAUGUUCAGCAAGUUGUUGCAGCAGGCUGGUGUUCCUCCUGGAGUAGUCAACAUUGUAUUUGGCACUGGCCCGAGAGCAGGCGACGCCCUUGUUGGCCAUCCUGAUGUCCCUUUGAUCUCCUUCACUGGGUCCACAGUAACUGCCCAGCGCAUCACAGAGCGGAGCGCCCCCUACUGCAAAAAGCUCUCUCUGGAGCUAGGAGGCAAAAACCCUGCCAUUAUUUUUGCUGAUGCAGACCUGGCCAAGUGCAUUGAGACCACAGUUCGCUCCAGCUUCUAUAAUCAGGGAGAAGUUUGUUUGUGCACCAGUAGGAUCUAUGUAGAGAGGAGUAUCUACUCUGAGUUCCUGGAAAGGUUUGUGGCUGCAGCAAAGAAGUGGAAGACUGGUGUGCCUUCUGACCCCAGCAGCAACAACGGAGCUCUGAUCAGCAAAGAGCACCUGAAAAAGGUUCGAAACUUUGUCGCACUUGCCAGGUCUGAAGGUGGUGCCGUCCACUGUGGUGAAGGGGUUGACCAGCUGGACCUGCCUGAGCAAAACAAGUCCGGUUACUAUAUGCCGGCCACUGUCAUCUCAGGCAUAUCCGACAGCUCCCGCAUCAUGCAGGAGGAGAUCUUUGGUCCUGUCACCUGUGUCAGCCCCUUUGACACAGAGGAUGAAGCCGUUUCCAAGGGCAAUGGCGUGCGUUAUGGUCUGGCAGCCACAGUGUGGUCCCGUGAUGUGGGGAAGGUUCACCGUGUAGCUAGGCAGCUGCAGGCAGGUUUAGUUUGGACCAACUGCUGGCUGGUGAGAGACCUCAACCUGCCCUUUGGAGGGAUGAAGAACUCUGGUGUGGGGAGGGAGGGAGGGAAGGAUUCCUACCACUUCUUCACCGAGGUGAAAAGUAUCACAAUCAAACACUAAAGCAAGAAAGGAAGAUGGCAGCAGUGGCAAGUCUUGAUAGGAGAAACAUUUUUUGUUGGAAGCAGGUAAAGAGAUGCAGGGAAAGUUUUGUAGUUAAUCUUGACAUUCAUCAAUCAGCAGCUCUUAAGAAUUUCCAAUUUCACCUCUCACUGUCUCAGAUUAGUGAAGCCAGUAAUUCAGUCACAUAUAUAGAAUACAAAAGCUAGAGAAAAUAAAAAAAAUGUCUAGUGACGAGGAGGUAUAUCACCAAGAAUAUUCUGCUGAAUAUUUUGUACAACAGUCCUCCAUUUAACCAGUGCAAAUACAUGGAGUAGAUUAGAAAAGUACAGACAGACGAGGCAAAACUGGAUAAGGAAAGAGCUGAUUUACUGCCCACUUCAAGAAAAGUCAAGAAUACAAUUAAUGAGUUUAAGAACAAUUUAACUGACUGUUCUUUAAAGGUUUCAACUGUAGGUUCAUGUCCUGCAUGGCAGUUCUGGAAGUAACAUUCUAAUGUUGAAAAAAGUACAAACACUGAUAAUGCUUAGAGAAAAGUGAAAAAGUUUCUUGAGCAUUAGGUAAACACAAUAAGGAGUGUUAAAUCUGUGCUUCAAACUAACCAAACUCAAGAUCUAUGUUGGUAUUUUUUCAUCAUAACCAAACAUUCCAACUGGAAACUGAAAGUUGUGUAACACAUGAAUGUGUUU